GACAAUACAGAGAACUUUGUAUUUUGUCUUCUGUAAGAAAAAUGGCUGAUUUCCAGACAAGUGAUUUCAGAGGAUUUCAGAUGAAUGGACGACAGCAGGGUCGGCAAGCAUUGACACUCAGUCCUCCUCAAGAGGAGACGUUGACACAUACAUGUCAGCUGCUGAGGACGAAAAUAGAGGUCAUCAGACAACAGGAAAAAGUCAACUUACAGAAAAAGGAGUUUGAGGCUUUUCAACAUGCCCUGCUUGAGCGUGAGGAAAAACUGAAGGAAAACAAACAGAAAAUGCAGGAUCACAUAAAAUCCUUCAGACAGAUAAAGAACAAUAAAAAGCAACAGAUCAAGGCUGAAAUGCAAGCACGUGACAUCAGGAAGAUGAUUAAGGAGAACCAGGAGAUCCUUCAAAAACUAAACAAGAAACUGAGUGCUUUGAGUGUUGAGCAACAGAGGCAGGAAGCUGAGGCAAACUGCAUUAAUUCCACAUAUAUAGAUGCAAUGGUGCAGCAAAGUGAACAGUUCCAGGACAUUCAGGAUUUGUUCAGGCACUACAACACACAGAAAAUGGUCCAGGAGGAGCUGAAGGUUAACAUAGAGAAGAAAAAGUUGGAGCUGGAGAACUACCAAGCAGAACUGACUAGAAUGAAGGACGAACACUACCUCACCCAGAUGACUCUGGAGGCCAGGAUCCACCAUCUGAAUUACAAACUGGAUGUGGCCAAAGAGAAUGUCGAGUUAUGGGAGAGAGCGUGGGAAGACAUUCAGUGGACUGGCGAAAAGAAAAACUUUCAGCUGUUUGAAAUCAAUAUGGCCAUCUUUAACUUUUGCAAGAUUAUAUGGGAUACGGGCAUCGAAAUCCCGAAGCCGGAUACAAAAGUGGAGAUCAUGGCGAUGCUGGACAAGAUUCAGGAGUUUGUCUGCGACCUGAAGUUGCUUUGGGAGAUUCACAAAGGUGAAAGUGAGACUCAUUGCGCUCAGUAGAAUUCCAAGACACACACACACACACACACACACA